CCCACAUUUUCCGUGCAUACAAUUACCUUCAGCCUCUCCCGUGUUGCGUGUGGUUCUGUGAAACAUUCUCCCGUAAUCUGUUUGUCAGGCACCAGCUUUCCAAGUAAUCAAUCAGCUUCGGCAUUUACUAGUGUUCUCAAAUUUGAAGGUCGGCAUACCAAAGCGACGCUCUUAGAGCAAGUGCAGCCAGCCCUACAAGAGGAGCUCCUCCGAAGCCCUACGGUUGCCUGACUCAAGGACCACUUUGCAUCAUCGCCCGCGCUAGAUUCCACGCAGCCUCAUUCAGCCCUCCACCUCGAACACGGCUGCCUAGCCCCACCGCCAGGCCAUCCAUAAGAGCAGCUGGUUUCAUAUCGAGACAACUUGAAUCUCAGUCAAGUUCGACUUCACAACACAAUCACAAUGGCCGUCUCAACACAAGCCCUCUCCUCCAUCCGCCGGUACUCCACAUCCCUACCGCGUGACCCCCACUACCGACUCAAAGCCACACUCGCAACGGGCUAUGUUGUAUCGGCGCUUGCACUGCCGUUUGUACCACCGCUGCUCGAGACUAGGAGAGCGAAGGCUGAUGGAAGCUAUCUGACGAG